AUGGCCGUUCCUCAAGUGCACCACCUGUUCCACGCUCCAAUUGCCGAUCACUCCUUCUCGUCGGACCGCCAGACCCUCGCAGUCGCGCGCGACAACAAUGUGGAGCUCUACCAAUCAUCCGGCAACAAGUUCACCUUGAGCGACGAGCUCAAGGGCCAUGAUAAGACUGUCACGAGCGUCGACAUUGCCCCCAACAGCGGCCGUAUCGUCACUUGUUCCCAAGAUCGCAAUGCCUACGUCUGGGAAAAAACCGCAUCAGGUUGGAAGCCUACACUCGUCCUCCUUCGUAUCAACCGCGCUGCAACAUUUGUGCGCUGGUCGCCCUCUGAGCAAAAGUUCGCGGUCGGCUCCGGAGCCCGCGUGAUUGCGGUCUGCUACUUCGAGGAAGAAAACGACUGGUGGAUUUCGAAGCAUCUGAAGAAGCCAAUCCGCAGUACCAUCACCACCUUGGCCUGGCACCCCAACUCUGUCCUCUUGGCCGCCGGUUCCACCGACUCGCAUGCUCGCGUCUUCUCCAGCUUCAUCAAGGGUAUCGAUCAGCGGCCCGAGCCCAGCGCCUGGGGAGAGCGUCUUCCCUUCAACACCAUCUGUGGUGAAUUCCUCAACGACACUGCCGGCUGGAUUCACGGUGUUUCAUUCUCUCCCAGCGGAAAUGCUCUAGCAUUCACUGGACAUGAUAGCAGCGUGACUGUGGUGUACCCCAGUGCACCGGAGCAGCCCCCUCGCGCUAUGCUGAAUAUUUCCACUCGUCUGCUGCCGUUGAACAGCUUGAUCUGGAAUGGCGAGAACGAGAUCAUCGCUGCUGGACAUGACUGCGAGCCCUUCCGUUUCCAAGGGGACGAGAAUGGCUGGCAGCUGACCGGCUCCAUGGAGAAACAAGGUGGUGCCGGAGCCGCCGGAGCUCGCGAGGAGUCCGCCUUGAACAUGUUCCGUCAGAUGGAUCUCAAGGGCCAGAGCUCCGUGGACACCAAGCUCAAGUCCACUCACCAGAACACUGUGAACACAGUUCGUGUGUUUGAAGAAUCGAACGGACAAGUUCGCUCUUUCAGCACGAGCGGCGUUGACGGACGUGUUGUAGUCUGGUCUACUUAG